UCACAAAUAAAUUGGUCGGAGAACUCUGACAAAAUUCGACACCGCACAGAGGUCAAUCAUCGCAACUUUUUAGAUUCUUACUUUCCUCUCCGUCCUACUACUCUUCGUUGAUGCGACGGAAGCGACACAUUAUACAGUGUUCUGCAAACUCCAUCUCCAUACCUUCCCUCAUAGCCGACCUCCCAUCAAGAUCGGCGUCGUAGCUACAUCCGGAAGCCACCGCCGUCAUGAGUCUGAAUGCCACCUUUUCCCACCCGAAAGACCCGGGUCAUCUUCCCCAGACCGAGCUCCUUGAUCAGGAGGAUCUUCAUUACUUCCGCCGUGCAGCAAAUGCAGAGCGAGGAGCUGGUGUGUUAGGGAUCACACCGUGGGCCGUCGAGAUUGCGCAUACGAGAAAUAGCGUGGCAUAUCCGGAGCUCCAGAGCGAUUUCGAGAGCAAUGGAUACUUGAACGAUCACUUCACCUAUGAUGCUCAGCAAGCAAGGCACGAAGAAAACGAUAGUGAGGCGGGAGCGGAACAAUUUGACGAAGGAGAUACGUCCUUUCUCCGCAGCAUCUUUCCAGAUUUGCCCCCCGCUUUACAUUCGAUCAGCAGCGUGAAAGGGAUCCCACGAGAAGGAUUUGCACUAGAGGAGGCCAGAUUGUUCGAGACUGGGAUCACAUACCCAGGAAUUGAAGCUGUGUUGAGAGAUGAAACCGUGAUUUCAUGGGCGAUGAAACUGGCCGAGUACGAGAGGGCACUCGUUACUGACCGGGCGGCUCUGACAAAGACCCUUAACACGAUACGUGAACUACAGCAGAGUAUCAGCAGGUUCGCGGAAAGAAAAUCGCAACGGCAAGUCGACAAACAGGGGCCGACUUGUGAUCCUCCCAAUCACACUCGACAUGGGUACAAGGGUUUAGCUCACCAGCGACCGCAAACAGGAGGCGUUGAAGCAAAAGAAAUUCCACUUCCGUACCCGGCGGCAAAGGAAGCAGAUGACAAUCAAUACGACGAAACACUCCAUUCGUUGGACGCAUUUACCAUCCCUCAUCACCCGUUGCUGGCCCUUUUCCCUGAAUACAAACGCCUCACCGCCCAAUACAACCAUGCCAAAGACAUCGCGCAGGCGGCAUCUCAAAGCUGUGACGUUUUGAGAGCCAAUCUGGUUCACGCUCAGCAAUGCUAUAUUUCAGCAAUACUCGCGGCCGACCGGGCGGGUCCGAAGCGAGACCGCAGAUUCGCAGCAGUGCGUAUCGUCAAAAAACCGGUCAACCAGAUUCGACGGGGCCCAACGGUCGAGUGGGGCUCAGGCCUUUCUCACAAAGGGCGGAAACACAGGCAUCACCGUGGAUGGGCAAACGACGGCGAAUCUGUGGCAGAAAAGUCGACUGAUGCGCUAACAGAUGAGCAACGACAACGAAUACGCGAAAGAGGGGAAGCUGCAGUCAAUUACUUCAGACGGAAGAAGGCGGAACGAAAAUCUGGUAGGCAGGACAAGCGGGCAGCAAUUGGAGAGAAGUUGCAUAUGGUCGCCCAAGCAGCGGCUAGUAUUCGCAAAGCAACUCGACGUGCGAGACAUAUCGCCACGGACUUUGAUGAUGAUGCAGCUUCCAUACAGUCAGGCGCGUCAUCAAUAUUGUCGAACCUGCAAGUCAAGAUAUCCGGCGCCGAACGGGAGCUCUUCCGUCGGAACCAGGAGAGAGAUGCCCGGGCAGCAUCUAUUCUUGGCAAAGUAGUGGAUGAUGAAAACCGCCGCAGGAGACGAGAAUCCGAGGAGCGUGCGUUGCGGCGUAGAAACGCAGCUUUGGAAUCUCGCUGGUAUGCCUGUGGAGGUCUAGCGGACGCAGAUGCAUUGUCGCCAGGGGCUGUAAAUGUCAAUGCGGGCGACAAGGAGGCGUGGGUUGUGCAUGUGGUGAUGGCGAUGGCAGUCAUCCUGGAGAAACGGAGCUCUGCCGAUCCUCCAGGCAGUCAGAGGGAAAGGCGAUCGAGACGCCAUAAGAGCGCAGGGAAGAAUGUUGACUGGAUCAAGUCAGAGCGAGUGACGGAGAUCGACGGAGUGCCAUGGACGGGCUCUCUUGGCACACCGCAAAUCGAACCACCACUCCCGGCGCUUCCAACCACAAAGGCAACUUCACCAGGCUUCAUCGAUGCCAAUGCUCCUUCUGUCGGUCUUGACUCCAACAAAACAGGCGACGAGCUUCAUCAGCUACCUUCAGCAGCCGAAGGAAAAGAAUUGCGUGCAUCUCAUCGUCGUCUUCCACCACCGAACCAUGUCAAGAAAAAGAAGGCCGCCCCGGGCCUUACGCCCAAACUACCGUUCACGCCGGUACCGGCAAUUGCUGAAUUCAAAGACUACGAUUGUCAGCCGCUAACGGACGAUUCUGUCAGCGGAAAUGAUGCAGGUUUGCGUAAAGUGCACAUCGCGUUGACAAACACGUGUACAAUGAGGAACGCCCUCAAGCUUCUGCCUCUCGAUGAUGAGCUGAUUGAUCAGGGUAUCUCAGUGAAUUGGGCAACUGCGGAGACAGGUCCAGUAACACUACCCGGACGCCUCUCUCCCGGAAGGACCGUAGGACUUGUGGUACGAUUCGACCCACAUCGUUUGCGCAUCGUACGCGCGCGAACUGCAGACAGCUUGAAUGGAUCUUCCCCAAGCAAUGAUGCGUCUUAUGGAGAAGUGAGCGGGAAGAUUUGGUUUGAAGCUGAGAUUGGCAACCGGUUUUGCAUACCUGUCUUCGUUCGUCGAGGAAAGUGUGCGCCAAAGAUUGUUGUUGCACCGGGGACAUUCAACAAGCAAUGCUUGGUUGGAUCCACUGCGACAGCACGCAUCGAGAUUCAGAAUGAAGGGAUCGUGGACGCGCUGGUGGAAUUCCAGCACGUUAGCUGCAAGCGGCUAGUGCGCUCUGUGAUCGCGGCGGAAGAAGAUAGUCGCGGCGAUGCGGGUAGCCACGACCCUGAAUACGAAGACGAGCCUUCUGUGGGCGAUGAGCUAUUCAGCAUCGCGCCUGAAAGUCUUGUUGUGCCGGGAUAUGCGUCUGGAUGGGCGCAGGUCACUCUGACGCCGCCUCUGUCGGCGAAGCCAGGGAAUUACAUUACCACCUUCAUUGCGUCUUUCACGCCGCUAAAACGGAGCGCCGUUGGUACAUCAGACAGCGUGAAUACCACCAUGACACAAGAACUCGGUAGCAUCCUGUCGGAGCUUCCUGACCAGACAUUCUCGCUUACCGCAUCCAUUAUCGCCCCACCUGUGGAGGCCAAUCCCGCAGUACUCGACGUCGGUACGUGCGUUGCUGGGCACAGCACACGAUCAGGGCUCGAGUUACGAAACCAUGGGCGCGUUGGAGUACGAGUUCAUGUGAUGGAAGGCGCCAGUCUGCAUGAAAAGAGCAACAAACCACAGCCGGCGGGGACGGUGGAAGGUCGUGACGUACGCACAUGGGUGACCGCAGACGGGUUGCUCCGCGUUGAUAUCAUGCCAGACGUUGCUUUCCUACAGCCCUGCAGUCAGAAGUUUUGGCUGAGGAUGCGAGUAACGCCGAUUCCUGAGGCUCUAGCCACACUCUCAGCCGCCGACAAGCAACGUUUGAGCACUGCCGCUACAUUCCAGGAAAAGCAAUCAGCAUUCGCCGCUCUGAGUUGCGCACCGCGCCCGUUCAACAUACCUGUAACCUUGAAAUAUGAUUUCGAAGGAAUCGAAUACAUGGUGCGAACGCACAUACGAGGCACCGCCACAAGCGGGGACAUGGUGGUCGAGCCGCGGAAACUCGAUUUUGGAGCAUGUUCGGUGUUCGAUACAAACGGUGCCGUCCGGACAGUGGCAGUGUGCAAUUCCUCCUGGUUCGAACGGGAUUUCAAAGUGGUGCCAUCGCAUCCUGAAAUGAUGACCGUAGAGCUUGUUAGGCAGCACGAUGGUGGCUCGGCGGAGCACCAAGCCGAAGGGACGGUGCCACGUUGGCAUUCGCAUUCGACGUUGUCGGAAGGGCAUAGUUUCAAACUGCAGCCAGCAGAGAUCAUCGAAGUGCGCCUGACAUUCCGACCAUCUGCAAUACGGAACAGCGUCGACGCAAAGAGCGAAUUACGUUUCUGGGCAGACUUCAUUACAAAUGGCGCCAAAAGUCUGAGCACAAAAGACGAUGAUGCCGCAAAGCUUGAAAGCGACACAUCCAAUCAAGAGACCGCUGGACAUCCCUGGCGCAGAAACAGGAAAGACGAAGACGAGACGCGCAUUCGAGUAUCAUGCAUGGCCAGAGCUACCAGACCCGUCAUCCGCUUCGCAGAGGAAUGUACAAGCGAUCAGGACAACACCGUCGCGGGCGGCCAUGUGGAAUUCGCACCUAUAGCGUUCGGCAGCUCAAGCUCCGUGAAGGCCGCACUCUUUCGCGAGCUUACUUUGACCGAAAUGAGGCGGCUAGGCCUUUUAAGAGCGAAAAAGGAGGCUGCCAAGCGACGGGCUAAAGGCGGGGCAUUGAGAUUGAACGAGAUUCCGACCGAGAGUGAAGGAUCCGACACCCAAAGUCCGAACAACGGAGAUGGCGAGGAUCUAGUAACCUACCGAUUUGGAGAGCACAAGGCACUGCAACCCAUCGAUAGUAUCAUAGAUGAACGUUGCUUGAUCCAAAUCGAACCGAGCGAAGGACAACUGCGUCAAGGACGGACCGAUUUUCGAAUCGCUGUCCAUCCCCUCAUCAGGACUGCGGUCGCCGCCAACCAGCCGACAGCCCGGUCGCCGACAAAUGGUAGUAGGCGGCCUAGCAGGGCUGGCGCAAGGAAGAGUCUGACCAUCAUGCAGACGGAAGAGGAAGCAAGUCAUCGAGCGACUUCACCGCAGGAGGGAGGCUUACGUCCACCAACAUCGCCACCAUAUCAUGGGAAGCCUCGUGCAAAGGAGCGGCUUUCGAGGAAGGGCAGCUCGACGGACGCAAUCACGCUGCUAGCGCCACCGUCACAACCUCAUAGCAAUGGUGGGAAUCGACGAGGCUCGCACCCAGCUGCAGACUCCACCGCGGAGGAGUCCAGCGCUGUUAUGACGGCGAGCAUCAGUGGUACCCCGGUGUCUGAGGCGCCGAUGGAGUCGCAUUUGGUGCAACUUUCCAUACCGUGUCACAUUUCGCGAAGACGAAGGGUCGCUCAUCCAAAAGCAGACAACCAAGCUAGCAGCGACUCAGUACCAGAUGUACAAACUGUAGAAACGACCAUCUGGCUUGAAGUGACAUGUCAAGUCGUCAGUCCAGAUUUCACGCAUCAACUGCCGCCUUUGCCAAUUUCGUCAGAUGCGACAGUCCGUAUGACACCCUCUAUCAUGCUGGAUGGCCAAGCUCCUGACAUAGGUGUCUUUGAGGCUCCGCCAGGCUUCCUGGACUUUGGCCAGGUUCCACGCGGAGUGCUUCAGGUUCUGUCCAUCCCCUUGAAAAACCUGCAUAUCGGAGGAUCGGGAAUCGAUAUCAAGCUGAAGCCUUGCGCAAACUGGGCAGCAUCAAUCAUCACCGGCAGUGAUGAUAGGUCCAUCAGUCGUUCCGCUUCCGUUUUCGAACCCUUACAGGAAGUCACGCACAUUCCUGCCGGGACUGCCGGAAAAGUCGAGAUUGCAUACAUACCCAUGACCGAAGGACAAGUGUCUUUGACCAGGUGGGAACUAAGCUCUCCCACCACCAGGGUGCAUGUGUAUGUGCGUGGCGAAUGUGUUGUGCCACGAUUGGCAUGGGUAGAUCUACCUACCGAUUCUCCAACCGAGUUGACCACGGAAACCUCGUCUCCGAAAGCGCUCGAUUCGGAGCCGUUGAUUCGAUUUGCAGACUUAUGUCUCGGCGAUCAAGCGACGCAAAUGCUGAAAAUCCGGAACGCUGGAACGGUACCAGUCUCAUUCCAAAUCGCUAUCGAUCCCGACGAGGCUGAGUUGCAAGAUGCACUGGCUCUGGCAGCCGCGGAAGAGAUGGCUCCAGUAGAGAUCAAACUACCACCGACGGCCCCGGAAGCCGUUGCUCUGGAACCAGCCCGUCCAGCCAAAGGUGGUAAGGAAAAGGGCAGCAAGAAGAAGAGCGAGGCCAUUCCUGUUUCGGCCAUAGAUGAGGUGCCGCCAGCGGAGAAAGAAUUGCCACAACUGCAUUAUCUUGCUUUCACGACCACCACACCGUCCGUGUCGAAUCUUGAGCCGGGCGCCAGUCACGAAAUUCCAAUCCAAUUUGCGCCGAGAUUCGAGAGCGAUCAUUAUUCAUCAAGAAUCCGUGUUGUAUGCCCUGGCCUCGUCGACGGCACUGCGGAUGUUGGUGAUGGCACAAAGACACUGCAUACGAUUCGUAUGGUCGGUCGAUGCUGGGACACCACGACCGCGGUUGUAGGCUACGACGUUCAACCCGCCGAAUUGAAAGAUGUGGAAUGGGACAUCCCACCAUUGGUCUUUGCAGAAACUGUUCGUGAAUUUGAAAUUGGCGACGGCAGGACUACCGCUCGUGCCAGCCUGAGCACCGUUAGGGACGAUCCUGAUGGGGAGGCAGAACGAUCCUCCGAAUCUGACGUUGAGGAUGAAGAAGACGAAUAUGCACGCUCUGGCCUCACCGUCCCACCACCAUCACCAAAUCUGUCACGAAACCUGCGGUCCCGAGAAGGGGAAUCCAGCGGGCAGGACGCUUAUGCCAGCGGAGAACAGUUUGGAUCGGAAGGCGAUAUGGGAGGCGGCGAUGAGACUGGUGGGAUCUUCAAACUGAAGCAGGAGUUGGACGAUUUGCGUCCUGUUCAACACGAAUGGACGAGAUAUGGUGUUGUUACCUGCAAAUGGCAACGGGUGGAGAGCGGAUGGGUUCUUGAGCCUCGUGAGAUCAACAUCGUGAACAUGAAGCCGCCAUCAGCAACGCCAAACACCGCAGAAGGAGCUGACGGCGAAGCUGCCGCAGGUGGUAAAUCAGCUGGCAAAGAGAAGGACAAAGAGAAGGAGAAAGGAGGGAGGGGAGCAAAAUCCAAACGAGGCGGAAACGCAGCGGCUUCGCCCUCCGUACCGGCGGACUUUGUCAUCGACAAACAUGAAGAGACGCUCGAUUACAUCUCCCAGCUCGGAAUAUACCACGAGAUCGAACCAAUCGAGACCCCACCAGUUCAACCAGGGACUGAUCAGUACGUCCUCAAGCUCGACGUUACGGAAGGCACUGUGGAGUCUGGCGCUACACGUGCGGUGCGCGUUCGAGUUGAAAAGGUCAUACCCAGAGGGCUAACUAGGGAUGCCUCACGUGAACUUAACACCAACCAGGCUCUUCGGAAGGGCAGCGCUGCGAUACAUGCGGCGGGUUCACCGGUUCCUCCCGCGACGGGUGGUGCGGCGGCUGCACCUUUGGGUGAUACCUCGAAGAAAGGCAAGAAGAAGCAGGAAGCGACACUAGCGCCCCCAGUCGCUUCAGCGACGGAUGCGAUAUCUGAGAAACGUGAUUACACUCCUGAUCCACCGUUUUCACAACCUAUUGCGCUGGAAAGUUGCUACAAAAUCACUCUGAACGGUGGCUUGAAGAUUGCCGAUCCAGCUUCGCCCCCCCUGCCGGCGACGGAGAACAGGGUGUGGAUUCUGAAGCUCGUGGCUCCUCUUCCAACAACAGGCGAAGCGAGUCGCUGACUGGUCUCUUCAACGACUUUAAGACAGACUGU